AUGCCGGGGUUGGUAGGAGAGACCCAUACCGCGUUUGUUAAGGGCAGGAAAAUUCAUGAUGGGGCGCUCAUUGCCUGUGAGAUGGUUCAUUGGCUGAAGACGCGGAAAAAGACAGCGGCUAUUAUCAAACUGGAUUUUCAAAAAGCUUAUGAUAGAGUAAGGUGGAGUUUUGUUGAUAUUGUACUACAGAAGAUGGGUUUUUGCCAACGGUGGAGGAAUUGGAUAAAGGAGUGUGUGAGUACGGCUACGAUGUCAGUCCUGGUAAACGGGUCACCAUCCAAACCGUUCAAGAUGGAGAGGGGACUAAGACAAGGGGACCCCCUUUUUGCACUACUGUUUGUGCUAGUGGUUGAUGUUUUGCAUAGGAUGUUGGGGGAAGCGGUGAGGAACGAGCGCAUUGCCCCGCUGCUGGUCGGGGGUGAUCAUAUUGAAUUGUCACACCUACAAUUUGCAGAUGAUACCAUUCUGUUUUGCCCUCCAGAGACUGAGACGAUUAUGCCCAAGGCGGUGGCUGACAAGCUGAUUGCGUUACAAAGGAGCUUUAUGUGGUGCAAGGAGGAUAGUAACUGUGGUAUACCUUUGGUCAAGUGGGAGAUGGUCCAGACUCCGAAAAAGGCUGGAGGCUUGGGGGUUGGGGAUGCAGUGCUUCGAAACACAGCACUCUUGUUUAAGUGGUGGUGA